AUGACCGUACGCCACCACCGGCACCACCACCAUGGCCAUCAUCUGACCGUCAAGCAGAUCAAGAAAGUCUUCGCUAACCACGACAGCAACAGCAGCGGCCGUAUCUCCAAGGAUGAGGCCAAGGCUGCCCUGAAAGAGGUCGGACCCCACCACCAUCGCCACCACAAAAAGGACUUUGAGCACGAGUUCGACAAGCUGGCCAAGCGCCACUCCAAGCAUGACCAUCAUCAUAUCACCUUCUCGGACUUCCUCCACUUUGUCCACCCAGCCGAGGGACUCCACGGCCACCAUGGUCAUCACCACAAAGCCGCCAACUCUGGCUCGAGCUCGUCCUCCUCAUCGUCCUCGUCGUCUUCCUCCUCCUCUUCCAGCUCCUCAUCCUCGAGCAGCUCUGAGUCGGAGCCAGAGCACAAGCACAAGAAGCAUCACAAGAAGCACGUCAAGGCCCUCCUCAUCCUCGAGCAGCUCGGAGUCGGAGCCGGAGCACAAGCA